GCUAGUCUGCCCAUCAUCAUCAUUCUCUCAUCGUCGGGGUCUGGCUGGCUGGGAUAGCAGAAAUUGCUGGGUGUUGUAUUUGCGUCGGAACUAUCAAAGCUCAAUCGCUUUGGCUGAAGGAUGUGGGAUUAAAAGAGAAUAAAAGGUCAAAAUACCUCCCUGGAUUUAAUUUGUUCCACGAUACUGCCACUACUUCGAAAUGUCGGGGAAAAUAGAGAGUAAACCAGACUCCCAACGCUCCCAUUUGUCUUCCUUCACCAUGAAGCUUAUGGACAAGUUCCACUCUCCCAAAAUCAAAAGGACACCCUCAAAGAAAGUCAGUAAGCCGCCUUUAGAACAUGGCGUCAAGACUGCGGAGAAACCUGCUAACAAGAGUCUGAGUCGGUUAGAGGAGCAAGAGAAAGACGUGGUCAGUGCCUUGCGUUACUUCAAGACCAUCAUUGACAAGAUGGCGGUGGACAAGAAGGUGCUGGAGAUGUUACCAGGCUCUGCCAGUAAGGUCCUGGAGGCCAUCCUGCCUUUAGUCCAAGUGGACGCAAGGAUCCAGCACAGCUCGGGGGUGUCCUCCUGUCUGAACCGUGUGUACCAGAGUCUGGGCAAUCUCAUCCGUUGGUCUGACCAAGUCAUGCUGGAGGGGGUCAACCUGGAAGAUAAAGAAACCAUCGUUACCGUCACCACUGUGAUCAAGGCAGUGCUUGAUGGUGUUAAGGAGCUAGUGAAACUGACCAUAGAGAAACAGGAGCAUCCUUCCCCCACGUCUCCUGUCAAACCAGUGCCAGUGGCCAUCCCACCCGAGAGUGCUGCUGAGCCGCCUGCCAAUGAGAAGGAGAGUCUGGACAAGAGCUCAGCCACGUCCCAAUCUAUGGAAGCCCUGACUGAACCCACGGGAGAGGAGGAGGAGGAGGUGGUGGCCCCACCAAAACCCCCUCUCCCUGGCCUCAAGAUGGCUGAACACAAUCCUCCUGCUCUGCCUCCAAAGAAGCGCCAGUCUGCCCCCUCCCCCACCCGGGUGGCAGUAGUGGCCCCCAUGAGCCGCGCCACCAGUGGCUCCAGUCUUCCCAUGGGCAUCGGCCUCCACAAACAGGAGUACGAGGUGGAUGCCCUGCAGCGGCGCUUCUCUGGGGGCAGCCAUUACUACGGAGGGGAGUCGCCGCGCAUAUCCCCCUGCAAUAGCAUGGGCAAGCUGAGCAAGUCUGACGGGCAGCUGUCCUGGACAAUGGACAGUGGGCAGUGCUCACGCAACACCAGCAGUGAGGCUCUGGACACCACAGACCACUACGACCCAGACUACGACUUCCUGCACCAGGACCUGUCCAGCUUGGAGCAGAUGACUCCUGUGCCAGUGGGAGCGUGCCUCAGCCCCCUGCCUGAGUCCCACAGCGAGUCUUCCUGCCCUGGCCCCGGUCCGCCGCUGGCACAACUCCACUUCAGCUCCCUCCAGGGCUGCUCUGUGUCCCCCCUCUACUCCCGAAUGACUUCCGCCCUGCCGCCCCCUGCCCUGCCGGAAAAGAAGCGCCGAGGUGGCGCCUGCUCAGGCUUUUCCGACGGCUCCUACUCGGGCUCAUCCUGGUGCAUUUCCUUUGAGCGCCACCCAUCCCAGUACGACAACCUCAUGGAGGAGGACCUACCGCCUGUGCCCCCCUUUCCCCUGUUCACGCCCGACAUCUUGCCCCUGUGCCACACCGCCGGGGGGUUUGUGUCUGAGUUCAGCGGCAGCGAGACGACAGACGUACCUCAGAGUCCACCGCCACUCCCUGAGAAGAAGAGCCGUCACAUACUGAAGUACAUGCAGUUUGUGGAAGACUACUCGGAGCCCCAGCCCUCAGUUUUCUACCAGAUGCCACAGAGCAAGAGCAUCUAUGAGCAACGCAACAAGCACUUCCAGGAAGUCUACGGCUUCAAUGACUCGUUUAGCAGCAGCGACUCUGUCCACGAGCCCCUCCCACCCCCGGCACUGCCACCCAAACAGAGGCAGCUGGCCUCCCACUCUGCCUCUUCCUCGUCCUCUUCCUCGUCCUCUCUCUCCUGCCACCUUCAGCAGUCGCAGGCUGCAGUGGUGGUGGAGGAGGAGACGGGGGCUGCUCUCAGCAUGUCAGUCUCUAACUCCUCCCUGACCACCCCUAUGCAUAAGACAGUUCUCCGGUCCUAUUCUCAGGACUUUGCACCUCUCUGCCAAUCUUCCAUUCCAUAUCUUCUCUCAUCUGUCUCUUCCCACUCUCCCAUUGUCCACCAAUCACAGAGCAUGGACCUAGCGGCCCCGGGCAGUGGCAGCCCUGACCCUGUGCUGGUGGCCAACGGCUCUCUGGACAGCUCUCUUGCUAUCGGUCUUCUCACUGACUCUUCUUUCUCUGACACUCGUCAAACCUCUUUGAGCGAAAGCGCUAACGAGGAAGGCGGGGAGGGAGAGUACGUUAAUCUGUACACAUCGAGCCAUGCCAACGGAGAUGGGCUCUCCCGCCGAGACUCGUCUGCCAUAGAUGACUCACUGGAGGACACUGCCUCAGAGAACCCACUGUGCAAUAACAAGGACAUGUCCGAUGACCGCCGAAGACAAAAGUCGUCUGAAGAUGGGCAGAGUAGCGAGGAGACGGAUGAGCUUUCCCUCAUCGAUCACAUGGAGAUCAUGUCCCGGUUAACACUAAAGCAGGAGAACGAUGACGGUCCAGAUGUCCGAGCCGGAUCGGGGGAUAUUUUAUUAGUCCACGCCACAGAAACGGACCGCAAAGAUCUUGUCUUGUACUGUGAGGCUUUCCUGACGACGUACAGAACGUUCAUAACCCCAGAGGACCUUAUCAAAAAGCUGCACUACAGAUACACCAGGUUUUGUCACUGCCCAGAUACCUUCAAGAAGAAAGUCAGCAAAAACACCUUCUUUGUUCUUGUCCGUGUGGUGGACGAGCUGUGUCUGGUGGAGAUGACGGAGGACAUCCUGAUGCAGCUGAUGGACUUGGUGUUCAGGCUGGUGUGUAACGGUGAGCUGAGCCUGGCCCGCGUCCUCCGCACAAACAUCCUGGACAAGGUGGAGCAGAGGAAGCUGCUGCGCUACACCUACUCGCUCAAACCACUGGCCGCAAGAGGUGUCGCCGCCAGACCUGGGACCCUGCACGACUUCCGAAGUCAUGAGAUCGCCGACCAGCUAACUCUCCUGGAUGCAGAGCUCUUCUACAAAAUUGAGAUCCCUGAGGUGUUGCUUUGGGCUAAGGAGCAGAACGAGGAGAAGAGUGCCAACCUCACACAGUUCACAGAGCACUUUAACAACAUGUCCUACUGGGUACGCUCCAUAAUCAUUCUGCAAGAGAAAGCCCAGGACCGAGAAAAGCUCCUCCUCAAAUUUAUCAAAAUAAUGAAGCACUUACGGAAGCUAAAUAAUUUCAACUCAUAUUUGGCAAUAUUAUCUGCCUUGGAUUCAGCUCCCAUCCGAAGACUGGAGUGGCAGAAAACAACCUCAGAGGGCCUAGAGGAAUACUGCACGUUAAUAGACAGUUCCUCGUCGUUCCGGGUAUACCGAGCGGCACUGGCAGACGUGGAGCCCCCAUGUAUACCAUAUCUGGGUCUUAUCCUCCAGGACUUGACCUUUGUCCAUCUGGGCAACCCUGAUCAAAUCAACGGGAAGGUCAACUUCUCCAAGCGCUGGCAGCAGUUCAACAUCCUGGACAGCAUGAGGCGCUUCCAGCAGGUGCAUUAUGAUCUGAAACACAACGACGAUAUUGUCUCCUUCUUCAACGACUUCAGCGACCACCUGGCAGAGGAGGCUCUGUGGGAGCUGUCUUUGAAGAUCAAACCUCGGAACAUUACACGGCGCAAAACAGAGCGCGAAGAAAAGACAUAGGAACAUGUCCCACUGUAUUGGGCCUUGGGUCAAACUCUUCAUGAUUACAAGAGACUACAAACGAGAACUGUGAAGGCAGCUAAAAGACUGGGAUGUUUUUUUGUUAGUAGUUUACAGGACCUCUCCGACUUAGGAUUCUCUGUUGUGGAUUGCACUGGGUCUCAGUCCGUGUGUGAGUAAAGCCAGUGGGAUAGACACUGUGCAGAGCACAAAGUGUUGGGAGGCUCGCAAAAAGAUUCCUCAUGUUCACCUUUGUCGCCAACCUCAUCCACCCAAUGCCAUAUUAUGGGUAUAGUCCAAGCAUUUCAGGAUCUCACAACCAGAGACAUUGUCCUGACUAAAACCAUAUCAUACUGAUGUGUGCCAUGGGAAACACCACUCAGUUUAGGCUUCUUUUUUUAUAUGGGACACCAGACCUUUUUUUGAUGACAAACUGGGAUACCAUAACGCCUGACAUGGCAGAGAACCGCUGUUGGUGGUGCAGAACUUUGAGGAAAAUACCUCAAAUCACCUGGGUCUGCUUCACGACUACUGGUGGUAAAGAUAUUACUGAUGCACACAAGACUGAAUUGUGUAGUUCAAGGAAGUGUUGUAUGAUACUGUCUGACUGAUGCAAUGCAGUUUUCCUUUUGUUCUUUAAAAGGAUACUUCAGAAAUGGGGAGAAGUGAUAUGAAGUUUAUAAACAGUACCAGUCAAAGGUUUGGACACACCUACUCAUUCAAGUGUUUUUAUUUGUACUAUUUUCUACAUUGUAGAAUAAUAGUUGAUAUCAAAACUAUGAAAUAACAAAAAAAAAUGUUUUAC